AUGGGUUUUGUUGAGUUACAAAAUGGUCUUUGUAAUAACAUUCAAAGCCACAUUUUGAAAAGGGUGAGCAAUCUUUUAUACAGAAGUCCUGUGCAAGUAUUUGGUGGGUUAAUACACUUUCAAAUAAUUCCCAUCAUUGACGAUGCCAGUAUGCAACAGAUGUUGUAUAUUUAUCAACAAAUCCGAUCUCACGUGCCGAUGAUAGAGCUGUACGUUGAGUUUGAACAGCAGUCGGGGAUGAGUAUGGUCAGCGAUGAGAUCAAUGUUGAUGAGCUCGGGGAUAUAGAUUGGGAAGAAGAUAAUAAUGACAGUGAAGAUGAAUUCGAAGCUAACUAUGAAGUCGAUGACAAAAAUGAUGACGGAGACUUGGUAGGUAAUCCGGCGGUGCAAGAUGAAGCAAAUGCGAUUGUAAGCCAACACCCGUUUGGUGUUCCGUCCUUUAUGCGGACGCUAGAUCUCGAAGCCAUGUAUCCUCCGGAAUUUCCUGAGUAUGCGAAUACAGGUGAAGGCAACGUUGCGGCGGAAGAUGACGAGUUUAGUGUCGGAAUGGAAUUUGGUUCGAGAGAGUCGGUGAUAUCUGCAAUCAAAAGCUACACCAUCUCUAGAGGAGUUGAUUACAUUGUGUAUGAGUCUGAGCCGCAGACAUUCUAUGCGAAAUGCAAGGGGUAUGGUGCAGGAUGCGACUGGCUUAUCCAAGCUAGCUUGAUUCGAAAAAAAGCUUGUUGGGAGAUCAGGAGAUACAAUGGCAAGCACACGUGCACCAUGGGCACGAUUUCACAAUAUCAUGCCAAGUUGGACUCAGACACAAUUGCAGAUGCCAUUAGGCCGUUGGUCGAAGCAGACCCCUCGAUAAAGGUGAAGUCUGUUAUUGCAGAAGUUCAAGGCAAGUUCAACUAUACUGUGAGUUACCGCAAGGCUUGGUUGGCAAAGCAGAAAGAUGUCGCAAAAAUUUUCAGUGAUUGGGAAGUUUCUUAG